AUGGAACUCGUCGUUCGUUCAGGAAUACUAAUAGAGGCUAAUCACACGCUUGAGAGUCAGAUUGAGUUACAAGGCCUGUCGAAAGCUCCGCAAUGUUUGCUAAUGUUUGGUGACAAGUCCAGCUUCAGAAUUGAGUUUCAACACAGCCUAGAACUACCGCUUAUAGAGAAGAGUGGGGUGACUUCGUAUCGAAAGGAUACGUUACAAAAACGAAUAAGCCUCAUCAAUUCAAUUGCUCCGGACUGUGGGCUACUUGGCGUUAUGUUUCUAGUCCAACAGAAUUAUGACUUGAAACGUCUUGUAGCCGAGUUAUUACAAAAUUUACCACACCUUUACUGUUUCUUCACAUACGCUGUAUCCGUCGAAGACCUUGAUCUCAAGUGCUAUCAAAUCGAAGAGCCCGGAGCUCAAAUACCUUACAUCCUUUCAAACAGUGAUACUUUUCUAUCGGCAAUCGAUAACGCUCGCCCUAAAUCUACAGCACAGAAUACCGAGGAGUUUGAAGAACAAGAAGAUUUUAAGAAAAAGCUCAUUCAAAGAGUGGACAUAAUGAUACGAUACUUGGAGAACGGACAGAUUACAGAUGAGAUAUUGAGAAGAAUAAACCUGUUGGUUUUGCAGCUGAAGAAAACGCCAACUGAAGACAUCGACCAACAAGUGAUGGAAAAGGAAAUUGAAUUACAGACGUUGAAUAUCAUAUGUGACCAAUGGGAGAGUGCUCAAACGCUAAAAAAAAUCCCGAACUAG